GCCGCGCCCAGAGCCGCCGCCGCCACCGCGAAGAUGCCAGGCCAUUACCUGUUUGAGCCCCGUCGGAAAGCCGGCCCGGGCCAACUCCGCCCGCUGCUCAGGCCCCGAAGUUGCAAGGACUAGUCGCCGCCUCGGAGGGGCCGGGGCCAGGGCGCACCCCCCCGCGCGCCGCCUCCGCCCUCCUCCCGGCCGCCCGCCCGCCCGCGCUCCCUCCCUCCGCCCGCCUCCUCCUCCGCCCCCUCCGCGCGCCACCGGGCGGGGGUGCCGCGAAACUCCGACCCGAGCCGCGGGGACUGCACAGUGUCCUCGGGGCGCCGGGCCGAGCGCACGCAGCCGCGCCGCUCCGCCGCCGCCCGCGCCCGCGCCCGCGAUCCCCGCCCGGGGCUGUGGCGUCGGCUCGGCCCCCCCGGCCGCCGGCCCCAGCGCGCGCGUCGGACCCCGCCGGAGGAGUCCGGACGGCAUGCUGAGCCCCCUCCUGGGCUGAAGCCCGAGCGCGGAGCCGCCCGGCCCAGCGCCGCCCGGGGCACCCAGGCGGCCGAGGCGCGAGACCCAGCGGGCGAGCCGCGGAGCUGCGGGCGGAGGCGGCGAACCCAGAGCCGGGGUCGCCGAAGAAGUGGUGGUGGUGGGCGUCGUGGCCAUGGCGGCGGCUAUCGCCAGCUCGCUGAUCCGUCAGAAGAGACAAGCCCGCGAGCGCGAGAAAUCCAACGCCUGCAAGUGUGUCAGCAGCCCCAGCAAGGGGAAGACCAGCUGCGACAAAAACAAGUUGAACGUCUUUUCCCGGGUCAAACUCUUCGGCUCCAAGAAGAGGCGCAGAAGGAGACCAGAACCUCAGCUUAAGGGUAUAGUUACCAAACUGUACAGCCGGCAAGGCUACCACUUGCAGCUGCAGGCCGAUGGAACCAUCGAUGGCACAAAAGACGAGGACAGCACUUACACUCUGUUUAACCUCAUCCCUGUGGGUCUUCGAGUGGUGGCUAUUCAAGGAGUUCAAACCAAAUUAUACUUGGCAAUGAACAGCGAGGGAUACCUAUACACCUCGGAACAUUUCACACCUGAGUGCAAAUUCAAAGAAUCGGUGUUUGAAAAUUAUUAUGUGACAUAUUCAUCGAUGAUAUACCGUCAACAGCAAUCAGGCCGAGGGUGGUAUCUGGGGCUGAAUAAAGAAGGAGAGAUCAUGAAAGGAAACCAUGUGAAGAAGAACAAGCCUGCAGCCCACUUUCUGCCCAAACCACUAAAAGUGGCCAUGUACAAGGAGCCGUCGCUGCAUGAUCUCACGGAGUUCUCCCGAUCUGGAAGCGGAACCCCAACCAAGAGCAGAAGCGUCUCCGGCGUGCUGAAUGGAGGCAAAUCCAUGAGCCACAAUGAAUCAACGUAGCCAGUGAGGGCAAAACAAGGGCUCUGUAACAGAACCUUACCUCCAGGUGCUGUUGAAUUCUUCUAGCAGUCCUUCACCCAAAAGUUCAAAUUUGUCAACGACGUUUACCAAACAAACAGGCAGAGUCCACUAUUCUCUCUGCCAUUAAACCUUCUUAUCACCAUACUAAAGUCCCACCCUUUACAUUGAGCUUGUGCAAAAGAAUGCCAAGCAUGAUCAGUGAACUAAAUCUGGGGGAAGGACUGCCCAAUUUUCUCAUGAUCUCACCUGAGUUGGGGGGGGUGACUAACCAAAAACAUUUCACAGCACUCACGCUGAUCAAAAUUUGCUCUCGACCCAAGAAAAUGUAAAAGACCACAAUUGCUCUUCAACAACAAAACACAAAACCCCACACAAUGAACUGCUUCAAUGUUUUGUAGGGGCAAACACAAUGAUGUGAACCGUGCUGUUUUCUUGGCUUCAUGUUUUCUACCUACGCUUGAUUUAGUUGUUUUCUCUCCAUUGGUAUAGUGCAACUUUAUGAUUUCUGAAACUCAAUGGUUCUACUGACUCUCUGUCACUUAAUCCAAACCAACCAAAUUCAGGGUUGAAUCUGAAUUGGCAUCUCAGGCUCAAGGUAACAGUGUUCUUGUGAUUUUACCGACCUUUUCUUUUUAGACUCGUAGUACCCUGGUCAAGUUCUUGUGCCGUACUUUGUGCGUAGAAAUUGAGUUCUCUUGUCAACCCCAGUCCAUAAAGAUUACUUAAAGAAAAAGAUUCUCCUCAAGUGUAGAUUUCUCUUAAUUCCAUCUGUGUUAUCAUGUUAAACUAUUGUGGCUUCCUGUGUAAAGACAGAAACUGUGGAACUGUGAUGUUGUCUUUUGUGUUGUUCAAAUAAGAAAUGUCUUUAUCUGUGUACGUAUGAGUCCUCCUGUCGUUGUAUAUGGCUCGUGAAUAUCGUGUACAAGGAAAUGUUAAGACUGGUUACCCCUAAACAACAUAUACUUAUACUUGCUUCUGGAAAAGUGUUUAAGACUUAGCUAGGUUUCCAUUUAGAACUUCAUAUCUGUUGCAUGGAAGAAAGUUGGAAUCUUGGCAUAGAGUUGCAUGAUAUGUACGAUUUUGUGCAUUAAUAAUUGUUAAAAUCUGUGUUCCAAAAGUGGACAUAGUGUGUACAGGCAGUUUUCUGUCCUGAACACAAAAAAAGUUAAAAAAAGUUGUUUAAUAUUUGUUGUUGUAUACCCAAAUACGCACCGAAUAAACUCUUUAUAUUCAUUCAAAGAA